UAUCCACCAAACUAUAGGAAAACCAAAUGCGCAUUCCCCCUCAUCAUCAAGAAGAUCUGAGGAAUAUCACUCCAGGACGCAUUCUUUUGCUACAACACAUGCAAUGUUUCUUCAACUUGCGUUUGAUAUCAUACUAACAUUUCUAUGCUUCGUACAUACUCUGGAAUCUGCACAAAUCACAAUCUCACCGAAGUGUGAUUCCAUGUGUGGAGAAGUUGAGAUCCCUUACCCGUUUGGAAUGAAUGAUCCCGCGUGCUAUGCGGGUAAGUGGUUUGAAAUAGAAUGCUUGAACAAACCCAUGAACAACGUUCCCACUCUCACCCCUUACCUGAAAGCCACAGACCUGGAAGUGAGUUCCAUCGAUGCGUCGCGCAGCACGGUUACUAUAUCGAGCUUGACCUUCACUUUGAACUGCCAUGGCGAUGGCGUCAUUUCUGGGCCAGUCAUACACCUGAGAGGGAGCCCCUUUGUGUACUCCCAAGAAAGAAACAAAUUCGUGGCCAUGGGCUGCAACCUUGUUACAUAUCUACUCUCAAACGCCGUACAAGUUGGCGCGUGCGCAUCGAUUUGCGACAGCAACGAUGAUAUUUUCUUCCACAGCAUAUCCGGCAAUUAUUGCAGCGGUAAAUAUUGCUGUGAGUCUUCGUUGCCUUUGUACCUCUCAGAAUUCAACGUUACUUCUGAAAGGCUCGCAGGAAAGAAUAGGAGCCAAUCGGACUGCAGUUAUGCGAUGAUUAUAGAAGAAGCUGUUUGGGAGUCGGAGAGUGCUGAGCUGGCAGACUUAACCAAUUUAAAAUUCACCGCGGUGCUUGCGUGGGAGAUUGUGGACUCAAGUUUGGAACUGCCUGAUAACUGCCAAAACAGUUAUAUCACAUCUUCGGAACGGAGUCACUCAGGUCGCACAUGUAAUUGCUACGACGGUUUCGUUGGCAAUCCUUACAUUCCGGGAGGCUGUAUUAAAGUUAUUAAAGGGAUAUCUUCAAAUUGUGAAAGUGAAACUAUUCAUCACCGCGGAUCGGUAUACUUAGGUUUAGCAACAAUUUUGGCAAGCGUCGUAGGAUCCAUCAUAUUACUCCUUCGUUCGUGGUGGUUGCAUAAAGUUGUAAGAAAAAGAGUAGCAAAGAAACGCAAAGAAAAAAACUUCAAACAAAAUGGAGGAUUGUUGCUACAACAGAGAUUGUCCACGGGUGAAGUUAGUGUUGAAAAAGUUAAACACUUGAGCCUGAAGGAUUUGGAGAAAGCCACAGACAGCUUUAAUGUGAACAGAGUACUUGGAAAAGGAGGCCAAGGUACUGUCUACAAGGGCAUGCUUGUUGAUGGUCAAAUUGUAGCAGUUAAAAAGUUCAAAGUUGAGGGAAAUGUUGAAGAAUUCAUCAACGAAUUCGUCAUUCUUUCACAAAUUAACCAUAGAAAUGUGGUUAAGUUGUUAGGGUGUUGUUUGGAGACAGAAAUUCCUCUGCUUGUUUAUGAAUUCAUUCCUAAUGGUAAUCUCUUCCAAUAUUUGCAUGACCAAAAUGAGGACUUACCAAUGACAUGGGAAAUGCGUUUGAGAAUUGCCACUGAAGUUGCAGAAGCUAUAUUUUAUUUACACUCUGCUGCUUCUCAACCCAUUUAUCAUAGAGAUGUGAAAUCAACAAAUAUUUUGUUGGAUGGAAAGUACAGAGCAAAAGUAGCUGAUUUUGGAGCAUCUAAAAUGAUUUCUCUUGAAGAUACUCACCUCACAACCGCAGUUCAAGGAACCUUUGGCUAUUUAGAUCCCGAAUACUUUCAUACAAGUCAAUUAACAGAGAAAAGUGAUGUGUAUAGUUUCGGAGUAGUUCUUGUCGAGCUUCUAACCGGACAAAAACCAAUAUCAUCGUCGAGAACGGAAGAAGCCAAAAGUUUGUCUCAUUAUUUUCUUUGUUCUAUGGAGGAAAAUCGUGUAUUUGAUAUCAUUGACGAAAGGGUGACAAAAGAGGGGGAGAAAGAGCAUAUAAUUGCAGUUGCUAAUCUUGCAUAUAAGUGCUUGGAGUUAAAUGGGAGAAAAAGACCUAGUAUGAAAGAAGUUGCAAGUGAACUAUAUAGGAUCUUGAAAUUGGAAAUGAAGCCUAGCACACAACAAAACAUUGAAGAAACUGAGUUUGCUGGAAUUGAAGAAUAUCAAUCUUGGGCUGCAUCUUCUGUUUCUGAUACAGGUUCAAAUUCAACUCUAAGCAACACAAUACCCACUUCAAAGUCAGAGAUAAUAAUGCCUAUUUUCUUCAAAUAAUUGGUUUGUUUUCUCAAUUUGUUUUGUUGU